UUCUUCAACUGGACAUUCAGUAUAAUUAUUAUUCACAACUUUCAACUAACAUUUUAAAUCCCCAAUUUCGAAAAAAAAAAUGAAAUUCACUAUUUAGAGCUCCAAAUCUAAUCACAGUAAAUACCGCCGGAUUCCGCCGCGCCGUUCGCCGACCGUUUCUCGCUCGGAGCCACCACCUCCUUCCGUCGGCAGCAGCUAAGUUUCCAUUGUAAAUAUCAAAAAGCGAAAGCAAAUUAAUUUGCUAAGGAAAAGGGUGUAUUGAUUCGGAAAGUAGAUCAAGCCGAGUAAGAAGAGGAAUCACAAGAAGUUUCGUCCAAGCAGAAGCAUGUCCGAGGCCCUCCUCUUUUCGGUGAUACAGAAGCUGGACAUCACUUAUCGAGAGGAAAGGGAAACAGAUGAGCAUAUGGAAAGGGUAAUUAAAGAGAUGAGAGAGAUUCUCAAUAUUGUGAGUGAUAAGAAAUUGGAAGAUGGGAGAAGACUAAAUUUUUUAGUAUCCGACCUUGUCGACGUGGCUGACGAUGCCCUCGACCUUUUCACAAAACCUGGUGACUUUUCUGCGUUCUAUGAGUCUAUCCAUAGUUGGAUGGGAGAGAUCAAAAAGCAGAUGCUUAAACUGGGAGAUGAUGAGUCCAACAUGACAUCAUCAGAAAAUGUUGAAGAUGAUGUAGAUGUGGUGGGCUUGGACAAAGAUGUCGAAAUGCUGCUUCGCACAAAUAUUAUUGGUGGGUUUGGAUACUGGAAGCCUGUUCUUAUCAAAGGGAUGCCUGGUGUCGGAAAGACAACUCUUGCCAAAGAGAUAUACAACCAUGCAACGGUCGUCGAGCGAUUCGACCGCCGUGCUUGGGUAUGCCUUUCUACUAAUGUAACUCUUAAAGAGCUGCUUAUCAGACUAAUACAACAGGUAGAAGAUCCUCAGAAUCUCCAUACAUCUUCGUUAUUGGAGAAUAUGGACAACCGAAGCCUCCGAGAUAUGCUUACCCAACACCUGCAAGGAACGCGAUAUUUGAUAGUACUCGACGACCUGCCCAGACAAAUGCGCUUGUCUUUCUUGGAAGCUCUUCCAGAAGAAUUUAAUGGAAGUAGAUUGCUCUUCACAAGUCACACGACGCAAAUGGACAUAUAUGUAGCCAGAGAAGAUGUUCAUCAAAUGAAAACUUUAGAUUCUAAGGAGAGCUGGCAAUUGUUUUUGAAAACAAUAAACCAUGGUAAUAAACUGACGGGGGGGCACAAAUUCCCAAUGAACUUGGAACAUAUGGCGAAACAAAUGUUGAGAAAAUGUGAUGGCCUUCCAUUAGCUAUAAAAGAGGUUGGAAAGCAGUUAGCGGAAAGAAAACUCUCAGGGGGGAGUGAAUGGGAAGAACUUCUUGAAUCAGUUGAUUUUGGUUCAACAUUGAAGUUAUUGGAACCAUUUUAUCAAAAGUUGGAUCCCAGACUGGAGUCAUGUUUCUUGUCUAUGGCCUUCUUUAGGGAAAAUACAACUUUGAAGGCAGAAAAGGUUACAGAGAUAUGGGUUGCAGGAGGACUAGUAGAUUCAAGAUAUAACUGUGGAUUCAACUUAUAUGGUUUAAUCAAUGAAUCCGUUAUUGAAGUCAGGGAAAAGAGCACAGAGUAUCGCAUGAAUGUUGUGCUGCACAUGCUAUCCAUCCAAAAAGCAGAGGAGAAGUUAGGUCUUGAGAUACUAAGGAACAAUGGAAAUAAUAAUCAACCCUCUGAGAGUCCUCGUCAUCAUCGUGUUAUCAUUUGUAGCAGAGACAAGUUCAACCACUCCACGGAUCAAGAUAAACAUAUUGUUUCUCUCUUCUUCCAUGGAGGUGGCUACUUGGACACUAGUCCGUCUUAUUGGGAGAGCUUUGAACUACUUAAGAUACUUGACUUGGAAGAUUUUGGGUUGAAGAUUUUACCAGAAAGUAUUGGCACAUUGGUGAAAGUAAGAUACUUGGGAUUGAGAAACAAUUAUGUAAAAGUGCUCCCAGACUCAUUGGGGUGCUUGGAAAAGCUUGAGGUUCUUGACAUAGCUCAUAACUUUAUGGUGCAGAUGCCGGAUAUCAUAUGGAAAAUGGACAGCCUUGUUCACAUCUACAUGUCUGAUGUCAUUUGCCAGAAGCCUUUGAAGAUAGAUGCACUACAGCUUCUGGAGACCUUAACCUACGUCUCGGUUGAUAAUUGGACAUAUGCGCUCCCGGGAUUAAAAAUGUUGACUUCUCUUAAGAAAUUGGGCAUAGAAGGAUUGGAUGGAAACUCAGAUGUAAGCAAGAUGAUGGCAUCAUUGGCUGAAUUGAAGAAUCUUGAGCACCUAAUCUUAAGAGGGUAUCGUUUCAGAAGAAUGCCUUGUUUGGAUGAGCUUCGUAUUCUACACAGUCUCAAAACACUCAAAUUGGAUGGACUCCUUGCCAGGUUACCAAAUAAUCUCCCUCGAAAAAUUGAAUCAUUGACGUUGAUUGAUAGUUGUCUUGCUGAAGACCCCAUGCCACUACUAGGGAAGUUAUCCCUAAGCUACCUCAAAUUGCGGAAUGCAUACACUGGUCAACAAAUGGUGAUCUUGCACAACAGCUUCCGUCGUCUUGAAGUCUUGUGCAUCGAAGAGUUAUGGAAUCUAAGAAAUAUACAAUGUGGAAACGAUGCACUACAUUCGCUUCUGAAAUUAGAAAUCCAUGAUUGUCCAUAUCUGGAUACCCUCCCGGAGUGUAUUCCAAAUAUGAAUGAGAUAAAGAUGGUGACAACCAAAAGCAUUGCAGCAAAGAUCAGAAAUUCAGACUUUAUCUCCAAAGCAGUGGUUGUGAAUAUCAAUCCAUGAGCUAGCUAUCACAGUUGUUUGCAUUAUUGUUACGUAUGCUAUGCUUGUUUGCGUUUAUUUGGAUGUUUUCAAGCUACAUUUUCUUCCUUGGUGGUUUUGUGUUUGUAAAUGACAUUUAGUUCCAACAAUUGUGGUUUCUUCAUAUCUUGCUUCUAUUUGGAUGGCUAUAGCAUCAUCUGUUUCUCCCUUGAUGUUGGAAUAUAUUGGAUUUCUCAUGCGUA